AUGUCUGCCAAAACAAUUAUUGUCACCGGUGCCUCGAGAGGUAUCGGUCUCGCAAUCGCCAAGUACCUCCUCACCUCCCCUCAAUCGCACAACGUCGUCGUGAUCGCUCGUAGUGUCGAGCCCCUUCAGAAGCUGAAGGAGCAAUACACCAAGCAGGUGGAGGUGCUCAAUGGCGAUCUCGCCGAUCUGUCCAUCGGCCAGAAGGCCGUCGAUCUAGCCCUCAAAUCCUUCGGCCGUCUGGACGGAAUGGUUCUGAACCACGGUGUGCUGGGACAAGUGGGCAAGAUUGCUGAAGCCGAUCCAGAGCAGUGGAAGCAGGGAUUCGACGUAAACUUCAUCAGCUUUGUUGCCUUUAUCAAAGCUGGUCUUCCGGCGCUUCGUGAGACGAAGGGCAAGCUUGUCUUCACCUCUUCCGGUGCUGCCGUGUCAGCGUACAGAGGCUGGGGUCUGUAUGGCGCAACCAAGGCAGCGAUGAACCAUCUUGCGCUUACCCUGGGCGAGGAAGAGCCCGACCGCGAGCUGCGAGAAGACCAUGCUACUACGCUGGAACCCCAGGUCCACUCCAAGUUUACUACGGUCCACAAGGAUGGAAAACUCCUCAAGCCGGAACAGCCUGGUCAUGUCAUGGCCAAGUUAGUGCUUGAUGGCCCCAAGGAAUUGUCGGGUAAAUUUCUAUCGUGGAAUGACAAGGCUCUCGAUGCCUUUCAGGCGUAA